UUCAUCAGAUUUCACUCUUGAUCAUCUUUCUGCCUCAGGCUAUUAAUCUUCAUAAUCAUUAUUAUCUAUGUUCUUCUCUAUCAGUUUAUCUUCAUCAUCUCUUACGGUUUAUCUUCAUCAAAUAAAUCAUAUUUAUCUUUGAUAUUGUUUUUAAUCAUUGUGAGUUCGUUUCCAUUUUAUAUAACUGUAAUUGUAAACAAUUAGAGCCUCGUUUGAUUUGUUUUUUUUUGUUCUCUACAAGAAAAUCACAACUAUUAAAAGUUAAUAAUUUUUUUUUUACCGCAAAAUGAUUACAAUUAAUGAGUUAAUUGUUUGUAAACAUCGUCGAAGGUUAUUUUCAUUGUCACAUUUUUCCGGCCUCUUGUGUUUAAUUAGUUUAUUUCAAUUAACAUCAGCCAAUAUAACGUGGGCUUAUAUUGACUCAUCGUCCUCGGGGUCAGUUCGACCUCCAUUAAGUGGACUUAACAUUAGUAGUAAUUUAAAUGACUCUGUGAACAUUGCGACAACAGAAUCGGACUCAUUUACUGUUCAUAAUAAUCACAAUACACCGUCGACUAGUAAUACAAUUGUCAUCAAUGGCGGUGUAAUAACAGGUACAUCUUCAUCACCUUUAACAUUAUCAACAUCAGCUUCAUCUAAUAGUGCAUUUGAUGAACUACCAGCAAUUAACACAACUGAUGCACUUUUAGCUUUUCUUUAUCCGGCUGAUUUAAGUUCAUCAUCGGAAACUUUGUCCCAUGAUAGUUCAGAGCCUCUUUCAUAUGCAUCUGUCCCUUCAUCAUUAAAUCCCGAGGUAGAAUCACUCCCGCCUUUAUCAGCAUCUUCCAAUUUUUCAUCAAAAGUUCCUGUAUCAAUGUUUAAUCAUUCAACGACGACAACAACGACAACGAUAACACCAUCUAAUUACUCACCAUCCUCAACACUAAUACCUCCAUCAUCUUCAGCACCAAAUUCAACACAAUUUACAUCAGCAACUUCAUCUUCAUCAACAUCGACAACAACUGAUUCAAUCCAGGCAGCAGCAAGUGAACAUCGUCUCCGAUGGAUUGAUUAUCGUAAUCGUCCUGCAUACCCACCUCGAGUUCCCCCGGUACCAGGAAUCCCAAGUGGAUUUCGUAAUCCCGUUACACCUACUUACCUUUCACCUUCCGGUGCAUCGAUACCUCAAUCACCACUAUAUCAUAGUCCACCUUUUGGCGGAAGUUCAACUAAUCCAGUUGGAUUUACUGGAUCUGCUCCUGCCUCUGGUGCUUCAUCAGGUCCAAGCUUUUUAUCGUCCAGUAGUAAUGGUUUAUCACGAAAACCAAAUCUCAACCUAACUCGAGUUGAACAUAUAUCAGCUGAAUGCUCCGAUGAUUAUAUGAAAGUCGUUACUGUUUUCAAUGGCACCUUCACUGGUUUGGUCUACAGUGCGGGUUAUGUUCACGAUACCAAUUGUAUUUACGUUAACGGAACCGGUCGAAAUCGUUACGAUUUCUUCAUUCGUCUCAAUCAAUGUGGAACCUUAGGAAGACAGGAGAUGUACCACCCAAAACGACCUGGAGAAUUAAGAAGACGAGAUCAGGUCAUGUGGAACACUUUAUCCAUCCAGUACAAUCCAUUGAUCGAAGAGGAAUUCGAUGAACAUUAUCGGGUUACCUGUGAAUAUGGAAGCGACUUUUGGAAAACUGUUACUUUCCCGUCCAUUGGUGUUGAAUCAUUCGAAUUUUCGGCCUCCGACAGGGUCAACACAGGAAGUCCAGUUGUAUUCACCAUCAACCCGCCCCAGUGCCAAAUGGAAAUUCGAAGAGGAUUUAGUAUUGCCGGACCUCGAACUUCGGGACCAGUUACCGUUGGCGAUCCAUUGACAUUGUUGAUCCACAUGAAAAGUGAAAAGGCUGGAUUUGAUAUUCUCGUGAAAAACUGUAUCGCUCACAAUGGUGCUAAUCAGAGGCUUCAAUUGAUUGAUACCAAUGGUUGUGUUACUAAUGAAAAGUUAAUCAGUCCUUUCCGUGGUACUUAUAAUACUGAUGAUGGACAUCAAGUGACCUUAUAUGCUUACCUAAAGGCUUUCCGAUUCACCGGAAGUCCAGCCUUGUAUCUUGAAUGUGAUAUUCACAUGUGUCACAAUAAAUGUCCACCACAAAGAUGUUAUUGGAGAAAUUUAUCCAAACGUGAUUUAACUUCAAUCUCCAUGAAAAAAUCAGCAACAAGUGAAAAUAAUCCAUUAAUCUCAGAGAGCAUUAGUUUAUUUCAAGCUCUUGAAGUUCGUCAUGAUGAUGAGCCACAAGAUACUGUUUCCAGGGAGGCGAGAAAUCUUGGAUCACUUGAGGAAUUGGAAGAUGGAGUUUGCUUCAGAAUUCAGAGAAUCGCCAUUUUCUUGGUCACUUUGACUGUCAUGUUUGUCACCACCAUUUUGAUAUCAGUUUGCAGUUGCCUUAAAUUGCGACAAUUAAGGAAGGAGACUCGAUGUAUUUACAAUCCAAUUAGUCCUUAUAAAUCAAGUAAAAGCAGUUGUUCAAAUUCAGUGGCAACCAAUUCAAUCUCACAUUCAACAGCAUCCUCAUCAUCUUCAUCUUCAUCAUACAAACCACAUUCAACUAGAUAUUGAUUGUGAAAUCAUUUUAUUGACAAAUCAACACAAUCAACACCUUAAUUGUUGCUAAAUGGCUCACUAGCUCAUCUUAAUUGGUUUUCUGUCCGUUGUUUUUUUUAUAACGUAACCAAUUUCUCAAGACUUUAACAAUUUAAGGCGUUGAUUAGGUUUUAAAAAUUGCUCAUCAAAUGUUUUAUGUGAUCAAUUAUGAUUAAGUUAAUCACAUUUCUUACCUUUUAUACUCUCUUGAUUAUUUAUUUGCUUCUCAUUCCUCGUUUUUUUUUGUAUUGCCAAAAUUAUCAAUCAUAAUUAAUUAAUCAUUCUUUGUACUUCUCCUAAUUAGUUUCUCUCUUUUUCUUACUUGACAAUCAGUUUAUCCAAAAUCCAACAUUUUCAUGCUUAAUUUAAACUAUAAUCAAGUAGGAAAGUCUUAGGUAACUGUUGACAACAAUUUGUCGAUGAAAAAUUAAUGGACAUAUGAUUGUUGAUCAAAGUGAGUAACUAAUCAGGAGGAAAGCAUUGGCCUCGAAGGGAAGAAUUAAUUGUCCAAUUGUGAUAAUCAAUUUGUUCCCUUUUUCGGUCAUUGGACUUCAUUUGUAUUCUAAUCCAUCCCUAUUUAAUUGCUCUCCGGGUUUUCUUCAGGUAAUGGAUUCCUAAUCUUCCUUUGUUUUUGUAAACCAAUAUACUCUAGUACUCUAAUGUUCACCAUCUCGACCAAGUGUAUUUUGAACACUUCGACUGCUAAACUGUAAACUUUUUACCUUCUAUCACCAUCUAUACUCUGAUGUAAUUAAAUAAACGAUCGACCAAAACAUCGAUGAUACCACUUUUUAA